UCGUUGAAAACAUUUGAUCUUCAGUCGGCAUUUAGCUGACGGAUGGGACGCAGCUACCGGACGCGUGUGGAGUGAAUUCACGUGUAAAUGUGUUAUGUUGCGGCAGCUCCGCCCGCCGCUGCGGCUGCUGUUACUGCCGCUUAGACUGCUCUCAUUCCAGUUGGCCCAAUGUGCAUCGUUAGUUUGCGCUUAGUUCUCUCUAAUAGGCCGUCAUGCUUGAACAUUUAUAAGCAGUAGUCGUACCGGAAAUCGGCUAAUACGAAAUGAUCAGAAGCAAGAUUACUGGGAACGAGGACGCCGAAAAGUGCACUUGCAACAGUCAGGUGUCGUCGACAAUGAGAAGCUUUAAAUAUUUUAACACAAAACGGUAGUAAUCCAGCAAAGGGCACGGAACAAACGUUUAUUUUAUCUUUGUCCAACUAGUACAACAAACUGUGAUCGUAAUCCAGGAGUUUCAACAGCAGAAUCUUAUUGUACCAAUUGUCGGAUUAACACCUAUUGGAUAACAGACUAGGAAUAAAGCAAAGUGGAAUCGGUCUUGGAGUAUAAUCGAUGUGUCAUCAGCACAAACCCUAGAGACGUGUGUACCGUUAACAGCAGCAACUAAAAACAAAAAUUCUCAAACGUUUAUUCGGACAAACGAGCCGGAGAGGACGACGGCGGCGACCUUUAGAAAACUACUAGAUUAAAGUUUCCAUCAAGCACAAGGCAAAAUAUCCAUGCAGAUCGAGAAUAUCUCUGAUUAACCGGACUUACAUCAGGUACGCUAAGGACAAGGAAACAACAGGCAGAUAAAACCAGCGAAACUUGCUGAGCACUGGAGUGGAAAUCGACCGACAAUUGACAGACGACCGUUGAUCGGCAAGAUGCGCUGACGGUUCCGGUAAAGGAUUUGAGAAGUAGCCGAAAGUGGAACCAUCAGCGUGCGAAAGUCAAGAUGUCCGCGCCACUGGCUGUUCCCGAGGAUCUUAGCCAAAAUCGUGGACGACUACUGCGAUUGGCCGAAACGAUCAAGACGAAAAAGAAGAGCGCCUCGCAUCGAGUGGUUAACCUUAAGAAUGACCCUGGGUAUAGUCCGAAUAUCGAGCACCUGGUUUUUGGCACCUACCGGAGUGUAGCAAGCCCGCCUAAGUACAACAAGGGUUUAUCGCCUGGAAGCCUGGGCGGGCCGACGUCCAGCAGAGCAAAGGGAGAUCCUGGCGGACUAAACCAAUGCGCCGAAUGUGCUUCCAUUCAGUGUGAUCCGAGAACUUGCGCGUGCAACAAUCAGUUGGCGGCACCAUCUGUUCGUCACGGGGCUGUGCGGAAUGAAAGCAACUCGUCACUGAGAGCACCGUCAAGCGAUGUUCAGACCAACGGUUUUCAUAAUGAUCGUAUUCUCGGAGGACGUACCGGUAUAUCCGACAUCUACGGCACCAAGGAUGGCUCUAGAAAUUCUUACGGCAACGACUGUCCCGAGUCUUAUAACGACGGUGCGAUUUCAAAUGGAUGCGAUUUUAAAGGAAGCAACGAUGGCGGUGGUCACCCGGACGGUGAACGUAGGCGGCCUCUAACUUUAGCCGAUCAGGUAUUCCUGUCUCCGCUAUUGCGAAACCCCAACAGCACUGACCCCACGGGUAUUCUAUCGCCUCCGGGUAUGUUCAAGGACAACGAUCCGACGACGGCUAUUGAGGCAGCAGUCAACCGUUGGGUGGGAGCAGACAGCCGCGAGUCUGCGGAACUCCUUAACCAACUGGCGAACAUAGCCGAGUCCCAGCUCGUUCGAAAACCUCCUCUUCCCGCUAGCCUCGGGCCGCUAUCUGGUAAUGGGGCGCUUGCGAGCCUCCCGUCGGGUCUAACUUGGAAUAGUCCAUGCGAGGAGCCGGCUAGUACUCUCAAUAAGAGCGUACAGAUAGGGAAACCUCAGACACCUGUACGAUCGAAACCAAUAGAAACGUUAAGGACGCCACCGUCGACGAUCAUCGAUAGUAACACGGGAGCACACGAUGAUUAUGGUUUCGUAGCUAUGUACGCCGCUGGAAAACAAGGGAAUCCUGCGCCACCCGGUACGAUCGGCAGCUGCAGAGUCCCAAUGUCAGACCCAGUCGAAUUGAACCGCGCUCGCAGUAUACCAGAAAUCACCGGUAUUGCAGGAGGGGUAUUCCACAGCGGUCCUUCAGGAGCAUCUGGAAGUUCUGCCGGAAGCAACAGCCGAGUGCUCAACAGCGUCCUUAUUGGCAUAGUAGACGAACCCGGAUUGACAGGAGCUAGUGGUGGACGGCCGCGCUCUAUGCAUGAACACCUAUUCAACUCAACGAGCGUACAAAAUACAGCUCACAGCUUACCAGGUCUGUACAGUGGCCGGUAUGAUUACCCCUCUGGCGGCACCUCAGGAGCAAUGGAUCUUACACAGCUGAGCCAUCUUCAGGAGCCAACAAGCCAUUCGUGUAAUUCCAGCCCUCAGAAAAUACUCAAUAAAUUUUCCAAGACAUUCUCGCUUCGUCGAAACAAAAAGAAGCCGAUCGAAAAGGGUUAUUCCUUGGAAUCAGAUGUGCCGCGCGCGAUAUCGGCGAUCCGGUCAGCUAAUUCCACAGCGGGCUUCAAUGGCGUCAGUAACAGCGAUAAACAGCCAACGGGAGACAACUGUAGUGACGGAAACGGAACGACACCGAUGUCGCCACAGGGGCUUGUUCUUCAAUCCAAUAACGGAAUCGCUCAUGCGGGAGGCGGCCGUGUAGAGCACUCACCUUCACUGAGUAAAGAUUCGGGUAUUCACCUCAAUUCAAAUAGUACCGAGGAAACAACGUCGUCAAAAAGUGGUUCGGAGGACGGUAACAACUCCUUCAACCCAAGGAGGUCUCGAGCGCUGCAGAGAACCUCUAGGAGACAGCUCAGGCGCUCUCAGAGUCAGCCCUGCGAGAUCAACACCUCCUCGGAAGCAGAGGAUGAUGACCUGACGGUUUGUGCCGGACCUUGGCCAGGAGCGGGUGCCGUUGUAUGUGAGCCAUCGGGAAGCGAUCAAACGGUGGCGUAUGUCGAAGCCCUUUGGGACCACAUAACACUUGAUCCCGAGGAGUUGGCGUUUCGUGCCGGCGAAGUAAUUCGAGUUUCAGAUCGCAGUGAUCGUGAUUGGUGGUGGGGAGCGCUUGGUACCAAUGAACAGCGGACUGGAUGGUUUCCCGCAAACUUUGUACGGCUCAGAGUCAACCAAGAAAAUAAGGAUCGCGUUCACGGGGCUUUACAGAGUUCUACGGGCCUUCAUGAAAUGAAUCGUAUACGGACUAAGGUCGUCCAAGAGCUCAUAACUACGGAACAGGAUUUUGUACAACACCUUAGGGAUAUCGUCGAGGGUUAUUUGCUGCGGUGUCGUAGCCGCCCCGCGAUGUUCACCGCAGAGCAGGUGGGAACAAUCUUUGGUAACGUGGAGCAGUUGUACGUCUUCCAGAAGAGCUUCCUAACUAAGCUGGCCAGCUGUGUCAACCCGCAGCAACCACAUGCCAGUUGUAUUGGGGACUGUUUCUUACGAUUCCGCAAAGAAUUUUCAAUAUAUUCCGAGUAUUGCAACAAUCAUCCCCUGGCAAUGGCCGAAUUGGAGCAGCUCUACAGGCAGGCAGAAUACGCGCACUUUUUCGAAAAUUGUCGCCGUUCUCGGGGUGGCAUGAGCGACAUCUCGCUUGACGGCUUCCUACUAACGCCGGUACAGCGUAUCUGCAAGUACCCAUUGCAGUUAGCUGAACUGCUCAAAUACACGCCUCCUGGACAUCCCGACAGGGCACAGGUCUCGCUUGCUCUCGAGUCCAUGCGAGGUGUUGCGCAUAUGGUAAAUGAACGUAAACGCCGAAUGGAAAGUCUGGAAACGUUAGAAGUAUGGCAGAGGGCCGUUCUGAACUGGGAAGGACCAGAACUGAUCGAGACGUCGUCGCUGCUUAUUCAUAGCGCGGACGUCACCCGCUACACUUUGAACGGUCAGGCAGGUGGCGGAAGCGCCGGUGGAAAUGACGCACUUCAAUCCUACAGUAAAGAAGUUGUUACGAUGUGGCUUUUCGAUAAUGUGAUCAUUUAUUGCCGAAGGGAAUUCAUACGCAGCUCGCUCUCGUAUCGAGGACGCAUCUAUACUAGUGCUCUGACACUCGUAAAUAUCUCAGAUGGCAAGGAGCCGAACUUUGGCAUAACCGUAAAGAACGCGUUCAAGCUUUAUUGCGCAUCGACGGAGAAGUGGUUCCUCUUCAGCUGCCGUUCACUUAAAGAUAAGACGCGCUGGUUGGCCUCGUUUGAAAGGGAACGCGACAUUGUUCGGAAGGACAAGGAGCUCGGAUAUACGAUUACUGAGAACACACGAAAGCUUACUCGACUCUCGAUACUCCACAAGGCACGCCCUCAAGUUCAAGGUCGACGAACCCACCGCCCAGAUGUCGCAAUUACUGAGGCGCUCGACGUCGAAGAAGGCAAGCUUCCUCCUUUGAAGGACCGAUCGGGAAGCUUGCCCUCCCACUUUGCCCCGGACUUUGGCAAAGAAAAAAAAUGGUACCACUUUGGGAGCUCGAAAAAGACCGCCAAAAAGCGAGUAUGAUUUAGGUUCUAACCCUCGGUGGAGGGUAUACUGGAACUGCCAUACCCAGCAGAUCAGCAAGCAGCAGCGGAAACGGUCGCAGCCGUCUGCGGCAAUGCCAACGAUCGAGGCGCCAUUGGCAGCAGGUGCAAUGUCGCUAUUUUGGACCUGAGUCGAAUGCCGUCGCAUGCGUCGUCGUCCUGUGAGGACAACAACCCAAUCAAUGAGGUGUUGUCUACCCGACUAUAAUGAUCCGCUUAAAUGAUCGGCUCUCCAUUGAUUUCGAUUACUACCGUUAGUGCUGUUACGGUCGAAUUGUUAUGCGUUAUCGUAUUUACUGCACUCUACUAAUUUGAAUCGUGAACUCGGUUAAGCGUAGAUGCGUUGGUGACUACUAGAUAAGUCACCUGGACCGCACAACGAUUAGUGCCCAUUUUUCAUCAAGCGCACAGACGCUUUUCGUGAUUUUUCCCCUGUCGUCGAUAGCGCGCGUGCGCGCAUUCGUGAAAGUAAGAACUCCAACAGAGCUGGAACAAAAUCCAUUUGGGAACAACUUAAAGGACGGAUCGGGUGUAUGCACACAGCGUGCUUUGAGCUCAGCUGUUACAGUUAUCGGCUCGGAAUCGACGUUUUUACAAAAACGCCGCUUUCAAAGCGUCGAACGCCACCCCGUCUAAAGCGCUAGCCAGAUAUUGUCUAGUCCGAUACACACACUAUUAAAUUUUAUUUCACAGAUCUUGUUUACAGGUUGCGAGCCCAUAUGAGAUGCGUAUUAUCUGGCUUGCUUAGAUCUGGAUGCGAGUGGCCACACAGGUGACUGAAGAACGUUAGGACGCAAGAAUAUAUACUGGCUUUUCGCAUUACCGUAUCUCAUAUUUGGGUUGUUGUAGAGCUCUUAAUAAUAAUUAUAUGAUUACUACUAUUAUGAAUUUUUAGUAACUUUAUACUACGUGACAUGGUUGAAUUUAGUUAGUUAGAAGUUAGGAUCUUCUCCUAUUUGCUAGGGAUAUACAUGUAUAAGCGAAUAAGACUAGUUAAUGAAUUCAGCCCUAAAAAGUUCAACUAGCUGAGAAAAAUAACAUCGCACGAGUCUUUUAGGAUUCAAUGUAAUACUGAAGUUUGUGAUAAUAGUCACAAAACGGUCCGCACCAGAUAAACAGACGAAACGUACAACCGAGUAUAUAUAUAAAAUACGUACACAAACUGCUGACUCAAAAACGAUCCAAAGACUACGGACCGCCAAAAAGAGCCAGACGUCUCUCUAAUUGAAUGCUGUUCAAAAAAUGACAAGCUUAUAAGAUACACAACAAUGGUAGUCAUCAUAACUGUUCAUUUCCAUCAGCACAAAACUAAGUGUCGUUUAAUUAGAAUGGUAACUAAGGGAAAUAGAUGACUGAUUAGUUGAUUGAUUGAUUGAUUGACUGAUGACUGACUGACUGAUAACAAUAUCAGAAAUAGUGGUAAUAACAGAGGCCAAAUCUGAGACUUUUGGCUCGACUUAUCAGGGUUACGUAACGAGUUGAAAGAGCGGGUCCAGCUAAAUGUAUUGUGUUGAAGAGAGGAAAAAAGCAAGCCAACGAAGCCUUUCUUAGGAAGGUCAGGUUUAAGUUAACAUCUAAAAUAAAAUCCUGUACGAAAAUCAAGUGUUUACAAUCUAACUAAUGAGUGCCAGUUGCUUUGUUUAUACCUGCACACUGCGUGCGUUGAUUAACUCAAUACGCUGUUAAAAUCGCUUAGAUACGUAAAACAUGCCUCAGAGCUAUAUUCAGCUUAGUAGUCUUAUACGAAGACGCUGCCAUGAUUGUAUAGUCAGUAGCUCAGUCUUGAGAACCUAUUCAACUGUCUUGACCAACCUAGGCUGCAACUUGCAUAACGGCCAAUAUAUGUCCAACACUAUGCCGAGGUAGUAGGUCGAGGCUUCAACAAAGGUCCACAGCAUUGCUACGCAUAGAAGAGGGCUUAAUAGUCAUAAGCCGAACGAGUCUGGCUAACAGCCCUCAUCCUGUCGUUUUUUAUUUUAGAAACUAUGGUAAUAGCUGCUUUCAAUUGUCUCUAGUUUGUAGUCGACAGCAUAAACGAGCUUAAUAGGGUAUUUUAGCCAGAAAAUGUUGGGGUUACUCUACAAGCGAAAGUUAUCUGGCCUGAAUCAAGAGGAAACUUGCUCUGACAAUGGAUGACAUCGUUAGCUAUCAUUUUUAAAUCUAACAAAAUCGAAAUGUGCAGAUUCCUAGCAAUAUGACGUUCUAAGCUAGACCUGGCUAAAUAAGGCUCUCGGCGUGCCUGUGAGAUGAUCCUUAUCAUUAACAAGGACGCUCGUCUUCUUUGUAAAUAGAGGGUACUCAUUAUGAUGAUCAUGUGCCUAAAGAUUAGGCCACCAUACGACACUAAUAAGAAAUUCUAAUUGGACAAAAACGGCAUCCUUUCUGUAUACCGGGAUCCCAUUUCAAUAUUAUUACAUGUAAAGUAUUAAUAAAUAUAGGAAA